CUGCUCAGAAAUCCCAACAGCAGACAGCUGUGUUUGAUGCAUGCUAUUAAUUGCCAGGAGAUGCUGCAACCCGGGGCUCGGGGAACUGCGGGUCGGUGCCAGCCCGCCAGCCCCAGCCUCGGGCAGCCCCAUGAUGUUGUGGGCAGCAGCUCCGUGGUGCCGCUGCCGAGACCCAUCAGCCCGUGCAGUCCUCUGGGGCUCAUUAGGGGCUUAAUAACCAGACUUGGCUGACUUGAUAGGAAAGAUGUUUGUGUAGGCUUGGCGCGAUCUCAGAGAAAGCAGCUAACGCCACUGGAAGGAGAGGGCUUUGUGCAUGUGCUGUUCAUCUGUGUGAUAGGGGAGAAGUGAUAGCUCUCACUUCUUCCAGCAGGGAGAUGUGCAAGGAUGUGGGGCAGAAGCCCUCAGUUGCACUGGGAUUGCAUGGGGCAUGCAGAGUGGUGUCGUUGGUGAGCAGCAGCAGGAAAAGUCCCCUCAGAACUGCGGGGACAGAGAAUGCAUUCUGUCAGGAAAAUGACUUUGGGUUUCUGCAGGUGACUGCUGCCUGCUCACAAACAUACUGAUACAAUUAUUAAAUAAGUUAAGAAAACGAGAAGAUGUGGUUCUUUUGUAAAGUCUCUCUUUGCAAUAGCAUGCAGUCAUGAGGCUGGGAGAAAUGUUUGCUGUACCUGUGACUGACAGUGUUAGAAUGAAAAAACACGGAGACAGAGCAGGCGAGUGUAGAGGGGCUGUGUGGCAGGCAGGAGAAAGGGACCCAAAUCACACCACGUCUGUCUUGUCUGCUCUAGCAGGGUUGAUUACUAAUAAAACACCCCUCUUGUUGUUGGGGUAACUACAAACUUGCUUGCUAUAGCAAACUAGGCUGUGCUACUUGAUGUGAAUUUGCCUUACCUACCUAAGUGGUUAGAGAAUUUCCUGGUGAAGAUAUCAGCCCAGAACAGAGGGAAAAUGGAGAACAAUUCCCUGCCACAAACUGACCCCGAGCACAGCCUGUGGACUCCAUGUCCUGUCACUGACAGCCUGGAAAUGAGGCUCAUAACACUGCUGUCCUGGCAGCCAAGGGCCAUGAGUCGUGGGGGGGACAUGGGCUGGAGGGAUGGAGUGGGAGUUCAUUGCAGCACAAGAGCUGGAUCAAAGUCAGCCUACUUGAUCCCUGGAGUGUGUGCAGUUCUCUCUUUUCUUGGAAAAGCUUCUUGUUCGAGCUGUUGUUGCCCAGAAAGGUUUUCAUAUUAAUAGUACCAGAAGCAUCUCUGGUAUCAGUGACUGUCUGCCCUCUAUCUUGCAAUUGAUAGCAGUAGUUAUCCUUGGCUCUUCAGUGAUCUGAUAAUGAAAGGGCUUGACAUUAUACUAAGAAACACUGAUGAAACAAAGGCUUUGUGGUAAAGCUGCAGUCAGGGCUUUUUCAUUCAUCAAAGAUGAAUAGGAAAUUGAAACACAUCAUUUGUGUACUUCAAUUAACAGGGCUGUUUGCUCCUCUGAAAAAAGAAUAAUAUAAAAAAAUAACAUAAGUGAUUUCCAAGGUCUCGAUUGCUAAGUUUGCAACUUGAAAUAUCCUUUCUGCCACUGUGCCAAUAUCGAUGUUCACCCAAAUUAGGCCCCAUUAAAUCAACCUGCAGUUUGUUUGCUGGGUGGAUCUUGAGGUAGAGGAGGACUCCACAGAUCUUGACAAAUUGCUACAAAAAAUCUUGUCCUGAACAGAAGAACCCCAGAUCCCUCACUUUCCUUGUCUUACAGGUGAACCUUGAAGAAGGCUGAGGCGCUCCGUAUCUCCUAAAUGCAUGCCCUUCCCCUGGGGAUAGAAGAGCAGCCAUGGGGAAAGACAAGAAAAAAGAGGAGGCUGUCUUUCUGAGGAAAAAGAUAACUUUGCUGAGGGCUUUCUCGCUUCUCAUCGGCAGCAUGGUUGGCAGCGGCAUCUUCAUCUCCCCCAAAGGAGUGCUGAAAAACUCAGGCACUGUGGGGUUCUCCCUGAUGGUGUGGUUUGCCUGUGGGCUCCUCUCCAUGUUCGGUGCCUUGUGUUAUGCAGAGCUUGGAACAAGGAUCACCAAGUCUGGAGGACAUUACAUCUAUAUUUUGGAAACCCUGGGGCCUCUGCCAAGUUUCUUGUUUCUGUGGGCAGAGUUUUUUGCUAUCAGGCCCGCCAACAGUGCUGUGGUCUCUCUGGCAUUUGGUCGCUACCUGCUAGAACCAUUUUUUGCCCCCUGUGCAGCACCCGUCCCUGCUGUGAAGCUCGUCUCUCUCCUGGGCUACUACGCAGUCCUCACCCUCAAUUCCUGGAGCGUCACCUGGAGCGCACGGCUGCAGACGGCCCUGUCCAUUGUCAAGCUGCUGGCCCUCAUGCUCAUCAUCGUGCCGGGGAUGAUGCUGCUGGCCCAGGGCCACACCAAAAACUUCCAGGAUGCUUUUGAUAGGCAGUCGCUGGUUCCAGAUAAGCUGCCCUUGGCUUUUUAUGCAGGCAUGUUCGCGUAUUCAGGCUGGUUCCAGACCAGCUUUGUGCGUGAGGAGUUGGUCAGACCCGAACGAAACAUCCCCCUGGCUGUCAUCGUGUCUGUGAUCACCGUCAUUGUGGGGUAUAUGCUCACCAACAUCUCCUAUUACACUGCCCUGGGAACACAAGAUGUUCUGGCUUCUCCAGCUGUCGCUGUGAGUUUUGUGCAGCAAGCCUGCACAAACCUUAUCUCAGUGGUCCCUGUCCUCGUUGCACUGUCCUGCUUUGGCACCAUGAAUGGAGGAAUCCUCACAUUUUCAAGGACACUGUUUGUGGCCUCCAGGGAAGGACAGUGGCCUCCUCUCUUCUCCAUGAUCCACAUUCGAAGACAUACACCCCUUCCUGCUGUCAUGCUUAUGUUCCCUUUGGUUACUGCCAUGGUGUGUAUCGGAGAUAUCUACCAUCUACUGAACUUCUUCAGCUUCUCCCGAUGGCUCUUCAUAGGAUUAGCCACUCUUGGGCUCAUUGUCCAUCGCUACCGUCACCCAGAGCUGCAAAGCCCAUUCAAGGUCCCCCUGUUUGUUCCAGUCUCUUUUACCAUCAUCUGCCUCUUCACAGUGGCAAUGUCUAUCUACUCGGACCCUGUAAACAUUAGCAUUGGAUGCACCAUGGUUUUAAGUGGCUUUCCAGUCUACUACCUCGUAAUCCAUAGGAAAAUGUCAAAUCGCUGCCACAGACUGCUCUAUUACCUUACACACAAAUUGCAGCUACUGUUGGAAGUAGUCCAACAAGAAAUCAAGACAUACUGAGGAAACCAUCAGAACUUACAGGAAAAGAUAUAAUCUACUUGCUACACACCUGAUGCCUUUGAUCCUUCCAAACACAAGCCAUGCUCUUAUUCAUUUAAUCACUGCAAAUGAGGAUGAGCCUGAGCCAAAACUUUGCUGCAAGUAGCCCUAAGCUUGCCAUUUGGGAUCUGAUGAGCAAGUCACAGCUGCUUCUGCCCUUUUCUUUUUUAGCAGAACAAUCUACUUCUCUGAAAUAAGCUUUCUUUGCUUUGAGUGUCUUCGAAACAAAGAUUCAGAUUCUGCAGUCUAGCCCAAUCCUCAGCAAAUUAUAUAUUAUUUUUUAAUUUUCUAACUUGGCAAAUAGAGAGCCUACAGCAGAACUAGAAUCUAGCUACAUGGAAGUUAAGCGCAGGAUUUAAAUUGAAGUCUAGGUCAGGCUGAACAGGGCUCUGAGCAAUCUGAUCUCACUGUAGGUGUCCCUGUUCACUGCAGGGGCAUUGGACUAGAUGACCUUUAAGGGUCCCUUCCAACACAAACCAUUCUAUGGUUCUAUGAUUCUAUGAAAUCUGUAGCAGCCAUGUGGAAUGAUGCUGUGGGGAAAGAUUAUAGAGGGAAAUGGGCAAGGAGUGCAAACCAGAGAUGAAGUACAUGCGGAUGAAAACAGGAGGUGGGGGGGAUAAAACUUCACUCACCAGGAAGCAAAGAUUUGGGUUAAUGGGAAGAUAUUUGAAAAUCAUUUGAAAUUCAAAU